CACAGUGUCAGCGAAAGGGACGCGGUUUCAGGCGAGAACAUGCUCCUAGGCGAAGAAGCUUGAGAGAGGCCAGAGCGACUUCUAGGCAAGCUGCUGCGGAAACCCUCCUGCGCCCAGGCUCUUAGAGUCCCUGCUUGGCGCCCGCCUGCGUCCUCCUGAGGCUGCAAGGUGCCAUGGCGGUCCCUGAGUUCCGGAGCCCUCAGUGCUGGGCUCAAAGCACGAAGCUGCUACUGACUCUCUGGGUCUUCAGUUUUGUUGGUGAGGCCUGUAAAAAGGUGACAUUUCAUGUACCCCCAACACUAGAGGCAGACAAGAUCAUCGGGAGAGUUAGUUUGAAAGAGUGUCUCAGCUCAGCUGAUGGCAUCAUACCAAGUGAUCCUGAUUUCAGAGUUCUAGAUGAUGGAUCAGUUUAUCCUACCAGAACUGUUGUAUUGUCUGAUGAGAAAAGAUAUUUUACCAUCCAGCUUUCUGAUUCAAAGAUGCAGACGCAGAAAGAGAUCACUGUAAUCCUGGAGCACAAGAAGAAGGUACUGAAGAAAAGACAUACUAAGGAAACUGUCCUCAGGAGAUCCAAGAGAAGAUGGGCACCCAUUCCAUGUUCGAUGCAAGAAAAUUCCUUGGGUCCCUUCCCAUUGUUUCUUCAACAGGUUCAGUCUGAUGCAGCUCAGAACUAUACAGUCUUCUAUUCAAUACGUGGGCGUGGAGCUGACCAAGAACCACUGAAUUGGUUUUUCAUUGAGAGAGACACUGGGAAUCUGUAUUGUACUCGGCCUGUGGAUCGUGAGGAAUAUGAUGUUUUUGAUUUGAUCGCCUAUGCAACCACUGCAGAUGGCUAUUCAGCAGAUUCCCCUCUCCCAUUGCCCAUUAAAAUAGAGGAUGAAAAUGACAAUCACCCUCUUUUUACAGAAGCGAUUUAUAAUUUUGAAGUUUCAGAAGGCAGUAGACUUGGUACCACCGUGGGAACGGUUUGUGCCACGGAUAAAGAUGAGCCUGACACUAUGCACACACGCCUCAAGUACAGCAUCUUGGAACAGAGCCCCCCGUCACCUGGGCUCUUUUCUGUGCACCCCGACACUGGUGUCAUCACCACCGUCUCUCACUACAUGGACAGAGAGGUUGUAGACAAGUACAAACUGAUAAUGAAAGUGCAGGACAUGAAUGGCCAAUUUUUUGGACUAAUCAGUACAUCAACUUGUAUCAUAACCGUGCAAGAUUCCAAUGACAAUGCGCCCACAUUCAGACAAAAUGCUUAUGAAACUGCUGUGGAGGAAAAUACAUAUAAUGUGGAAAUCUUGCGCAUUCCUGUAGAUGAUAAGGACAUGGUUAACAGUGCCAACUGGAAGGCCAAUUUCACCAUCUUAAAAGGAAAUGAAAACGGGUGGUUCAAAAUCACAACAGAUCCAGCGACAAAUGAGGGUGUUCUGUGUGUUGUGAAGCCACUGGAUUAUGAAGAAAAUCGUCAAAUGACCCUAGAGAUUGGCGUGAACAAUGAAGCUCCAUUCAUUAGAGAUGUUGCAAACAGAAUACCCACCAUGAACCGGGCUGUGGUUACAGUCCAUGUGAGGGAUCAGAAUGAGGGGCCAGAAUGCAAGCCUCCUGAGCAAUAUGUGCGGAUCAAAGAGAACUCAGCAGUUGGGUCUAAGAUCAAUGGCUACAAGGCCUACGACCCUGAAACCAAGAAUAGCAAUGGCUUAAGGUACAAAAAAAUUCAGGAUCCUAAAGACUGGGUCAGCAUUGAAGAAGUUUCGGGGUUGCUCACCAUAUCAAAGACCCUAGACAGAGAAAGCAUGGCUCCAAGAAAUGAUUUAUACAAUAUUACAGUCAUGGCAAUAGACCAAGAGGGUAAAUCAUGCACAGGAACACUUGCAGUGAACAUUGAGGAUGUGAAUGACAACGCACCAGAGAUAAUUCAAGAUUAUAUUGUCAUCUGCAAGCCAAAGAUGGGGUAUACGGACAUUUCAGCUGUGGAUCCUGAUGAAAGUAUCCAUGGCCCUCCCUUUCAGUUCAACUUGGCAAACUCUUCUCCGGAAGUCAACAGAAUCUGGACCCUCAGCCAAGUUAAUGAUACAGCUGCCCGCCUGUCUUAUCAGAAAACUGCGGAUGUUCAAAUAUACAACAUUCCUGUUACUGUAAAAGACAGAGCAGGCCAAUCUGCAACAAAGAUCUUGAGAGUUAAUCUGUGUGAUUGUACUCAUCCCAGCCAAUGUCUGCUCCGAUCGAGGAGUGCAGGGAUCACCAUGGGGAAGUGGGCCAUCCUUGCCAUCUUGUUGGGCAUUGCUCUGCUAUUUUCGGUACUGCUAACUUUAGUAUGUGGAGUUGUUACUGCCCAAAAAGGAAAACAUUUUCCUGAAGAUCUAGCACAGCAAAACUUAAUUAUAUCAAAUACCGAAGCACCUGGGGAUGACAGAGUGUGUUCCGCCAAUGGAUUCACCACCCACACUGCCAACAACUCCAGCCAAGGCUUCUGUGGCACAAUGGGGUCAGGGAUGAGGAAUGGUGGGCAGGAGACUAUUGAGAUGAUGAAAGGACACCAGACGUUGGACUCCUGCCGUGUGGCUGGACAUCACCACACCCUGGAUUCCUGCAGGGGAGGACACAUGGAGACGGACAACUGCAGAUACGCGUACUCAGAGUGGCACAGUUUCACUCAGCCCCGACUCGGAGAAAAAUUGCAUGUGUGUAAUCACAAUGAAGACCACAUCCCAUCCCAAGACUAUGUCCUCGCCUAUAACUACGAAGGCAGGGGAUCUCCGGCCGGCUCUGUAGGAUGCUGCAGUGAAAAGCAGGACGAAGAGGGACUCGACUUUCUGAACAACUUGGAACCCAAAUUUCUUACGUUGGCAGAAACAUGCACGAAGAGAUAAUGCCAUCGGAUUACAAUUUAACUUAGCCUUAUCAGACAUUCCAGAAGUUUGAAACAAUGAUACUGUAAAAGAGACUCACUAUUUACACAAAAUGGUCUUGAGUUAUGAUGGCUUGAUGUGUAAUAUGCUGAUUGUAGUCUAGUGUAAAAUUGACACAUAUUUGGAGGAAACCAUUUGUGAAAUUCUGAUCUUUUCUUAGAGCUAUGGGCUGUGUGUAACUCUCCUGCAAAGUGAGGCAGGAGCAGGAUGGUCCAGUUCCUGGUCUGUCACAGGGUCAUGACUCUGGCUGUGUGCAGGACAUGUACCUCCAUGGACUGCUAAGGUACAUCUACAUUGUAUGUCCAGGAACUAAUGCACAUGUAAUUUUCUCCAUUUUACACUCUUCCCCCUACCAAUUUGUAUUGUUAAAGCAAUUUGUUGCUGACCACUUUUUAAAGAGUACAAGUGUCAAAAUAGAGGGACCACAAGAGCUCAAGCUGUAGUGGUGGAGUUAACUAAGGUCCGCCAUGAAGAUAUUUUCCUAACAAAUGAAAACUAUUAGUCUGAAAACAGUUAAGUUGUACCAAUAGCCCAUGCUCCUAAGGAUGGUUUAAGAAACAAACAAAACAUUAAGGAAGGAUGCUUCAGAACAGAACAAACUCAUGAUGGAUUGCAGUUGCUAAGCUGAAGAUCUCAGGCCUGCCUCUUUAUCAUUUCAGUAUCAAAUACUUUAUUGGACUUUGGAAACAAAUGUUUGCAAGCUAGCCUAAUGUGUACCAAUUUUCUGUUUCAGCACCUUCUGAAACCAGUGCUUAUUUGUGACCAAAGUACUCUUUGGAGUGGAGUCUAAAAUGCAAAGGAAACAAAGAAAAAACAGCAAUGAUUAAAAAUAAGGCUGGGCGUGGCUUCCCUUGUAACAAGAAAUCAGAAUCUUAAAGGAACAGACUCCCUUCUGCCAGGUUACUGUGGGUUGUGUGACACCUAAAUGUGCCAGCUUCUGCCUGCUUGAGUAAUUUGUUUAAAUUUAGAAGCAUAUAUUGUAGUUUUAGUGGGGAAGAAGGAGACAGCAACAUGGAAGAGUAGAUUCACUUUGCAAGAUACAUAAAAAUUUGUACAUUCAAACAUUAGAAGCCAAUUAUGGGAUCCAGCCUUCUACGAUGCUGGGGCCUACAGCUCCCUAGCUUCAGUUUACAGAAAGAAUGUGUUUUUCUUGGGACCUAGUGUUGACAGCUGCUGAAAUUACAUGCUCUACCACUCUUUUCUUCUACUUUUUUCUCUCCUCUUCUUUUCUUUGCCUUUUAUUUUAUUUUAUUCUGGGAGAUUGGAUUACCUCUACAUACUGGCUGGCCUCAAAAUCUAAGUCCUCCUGUUGCAGUCUCUGGAUGUUAGAAUUAUAGGCAGAUACUGCCAUUCUUGUUAUUGAAGUAGAGCCAAUUGGUCUUGUUCUUUAAGUUUGGAGCAUUCAUGGUGCUGGGAGACAGUGGGGAAAAUGUUACCGUCAUGUUGACUCAGAAUCCUAGCUUUGUUUCCAGAACCCACUCAGCCUUUCUGUGAGAGCAGCUCUGGCAGCUGUCCAGAAAUGCAGCCCUCCAUUUCCUGUUCAUCAAAGCUGCUUGAGAGCCCUGCCGCAGAUCCACUGAGCUGGCACAUUCCAGAAACUCCAUAAUCCUUCAGUGUGACUUUAUUUUUAUUUUUAUCAGUUUGCUUUGUUAGCGGGGAUUUAUCAUGACAGAAGACCCUGGAAUUUUAGAUCUAUGCAUGCAAGAUAUUUUUCAGACCUCUUCUUAUUCGGAAUAUGGAGUCAGGAAAGGGGGCUGCAAUGGGGGUGGGUGUGUGUGACUCAGCCUGGUAUAGACAAAAUAAGGGAUUUGAGUCAAAGCUCUGCAUAAAACAGGCAUGGUGGCAACGUGCAUGUUGCCCCAGCACUUGGGAAGCAGGGAGCAGGAGGACUGAGGGAGUUCAAGGUUCUCCAUAAUUAUGUGAGAAGCUUGAGGCCAGGUUAGGUCACAUGUGGUGAGUCUUUGGAUGGGCCAGAACUGUUAUACUGGCCAAACUACAUGUAUGUCUAAGAUUCUGAUUAGAUUUUAACAUUUUUCCUGUUUUCCUUUUACCCCAAGGGUUACUUUCAUGGUAGACUUUUGAAAUUGUCAAUUUUUCUUUUGUUCACAGCAUCAUGCAAUAUUAUUCUCUUUUCACAUGUAUAGGUGAAAAUUGUGCUAUUGUAGUUUGUAAGAAAAACAGCUCUUCUUUUGUAACACUUUCCUUCAGUCUCCUGGGGUUUUUAUGUAAAUGUACAGACCAUUUUUUUUCUUACAUUUAUAAGGAAGCAGUUAAUUGUUUAAAAAGCAAUUGGAGUUUAUUUUUCGAUGUUAUAAACAGCUUUAAUUUGACAAUUAAAUUGCUUUUGAAACUUGUCAAAUAAAAAUAAACAAGCAUU